UGGUCGUUCGAAUAGUCAGUCUUGAUUCGGGUCUUUUAUGAGUCAGAAGGGGUGCAACUUGCAGUUAAUUUCUAACUUACGAAAUAUUUUCUGUAUUUUUUUUCCCUCGACUUUGCAUUUUUUUAUCGAAUAUUUCGUCCUAUGGCCAAUAAAGCCAUGAUACGAUCACGUUUUGAUUUUUGCCGGCGAGUUUUUUACUAUUGGCGUGUUGCUUCGGUUUCGUGAAUUUUUUCGCGCGCGAUGUUAAACGUUUGUUAACAUAGUGGUGUGGUGUGAUUAACCCGAGCAUAUUUCCAAAAAAAAUUGUUGUCGUUGGAAUCCCACAGGAUCCGGCUAUUUCAAUAUGAUCACCAGGAACCGGAUCAUUGGAAGUGUGUUGUUCAUGGCCCAGAUUAAUUUAGGUUACCUUUCAUAUUCACCAAAGAAUCCGGCCAAUGUUCCAAAUACGCUGAAUUCUGGAAUGUCUCUGAUACCAUAUUUUGAUCCAUCGAUGCCAACGAAUGUUACAGCGUUGGUGGGCAAAUCCGCAUAUUUGAGCUGUAAAGUUCGAAAUUUGGGUAAUAAAACGGUAUCGUGGAUUAGGCAUCGUGAUAUACACAUCUUGACCGUGGGCAGCUACACGUACACGACUGAUCAACGUUUCCAAGCGAUACAUCGUAAAAACAGCGACGAAUGGACGUUGCAAAUUAAAUGGGCUCAAAAAAGAGACGGCGGCAUGUACGAAUGUCAAAUUAGUACUCAACCAGUGAAAAGCUUUUUCGUUAAUUUAAGCGUAGUCGUACCAACGGCCACCAUAUUGGGAGGACCAGAUUUACACGUUGAUAAAGGAAGCACUAUCAAUCUUACUUGUAGUAUCAAAUACAGCCCAGAACCGCCGGCCUAUAUAUUUUGGUACCAUCAUGACGAAGCGAUCAGCUACGAUUCGACCAGAGGUGGCGUAAGUUUAAUAACAGUCAAAGGUGACACAACUACCAGCUGUUUAAUCAUCCAAAAAGCUCGUCUUUCCGAUUCUGGCAAAUAUUCGUGUAGUCCAUCGAAUGCAGACGUUGCCAGUAUACAAGUUCAUGUGUUAAAUGGGGAAAGUCCAGCAGCGAUGCAAACAGGCUCGGCGGGAUUGUCGAAUAGUUCAGUAAACAUUUUGAUAUUAAUGUCGUUAUGUUGGCUGUACUCGCAUUUUAUGAUGAAUCUAAGAUUACGCGCUCGAAUGAAUUAAAAAUAAUAAAUUACGACGUCACGAUAAAAAAUUCACACAGACUGAUUUUUUUGCGGCCUAUACAGCCGAUUGGUUUUUCGGAUUACGAAGAGCUCACCUAUCAAUUUUUUCCUUUUAAUUUUUUUUUUUUUUUUUUUUUUUUUCGUUCUAGUUAAGAAUUUCUUCUUCUCAUUGUACAAAUUUGUGAAUAAUAUUUUUUUUCGAUGCGAACGCGUAUGACGCGAGUCGUUUAUGUAAAUAAAAAAUUACGAUGUAUUGUUUUAUGAAAAUAUUUUACCCUGUGAUGCAUUAAUUUAAAAUAUUGAUAUGUUAUUAUUAUAUGUACGAGGCUUUCUAAUUCACCUUUAUUGUUUCACGUUUGGUUUGUGUUCACAACAGCCAUUGUAUAAAAUACUGUUAUAGGCUGAUGAAUGAAGGCUUCUGUAGGGCUUCUUAUUGAGUGUUUUAUUUACAAAUGUGAAUGUAAAAAGAAAAAAUUUCGAAGAGUCAAUUAUAAAAUAAUGCUGUGAUUCUUUCAAAUUUAAUAGCAAGAAAAUUCGUCAAGUUACCGGUUGUAGAGUUGAAGUUGGCGUCAGCUUGGGUUAAAAUUGGUGCAUCUUUUACUACAUAGUACUAUAAAUAAAUUGUGUCGUUUAUUUAAAUCGUGAAUGAUUAUUUACUCAAAGAAUAGCGCGUAUUUUUGAUUUCUAAGUUGGAUGAAUAGGUAUGAAAGAAGUUCUAAGGGUAAAAUAAAUUUUCGAUCGUUUUAAAAUGAAAAUAAUACCAAAAACUUGAAUAUCAAAAAUUCCAUCGGGAACUACAAAUACAAUUUUGACCAAAAUGAUUAUAAUUUUAGUAAAAUAUUGACAUUUUUUUAAUUCGUUGAUUAAUUGCAAUAAACGAACCGAUAGGAAAUUAAAUUAUGCAUGGAUCUCGAAGUAAAUUUCAUCACCAUUUUAUUUACCUGCCAAAACGAUUUUUGGUAUGAAUUUAACGCAUAGGUAGUUCAAUUGUAAUACCUAAGUAACGAAUCUCGAAUUCGUUUCUUUUUAUUUUUUGUUCUUUUUUUGUUUUUUAAAAUUAGUUACCGUUAAUUCAAAAUGCAUUUCGCUUCACCAGUGUCGCCUGCAUACACUAAUACCAAUAAUUUAUUUGGAAAUUGUAUAAACACACCAUAAGUAAAUGUACCUGUACUUACCUGUAUCUAUAUACGUUUUGUUUAGUAUAAUUUUUUUAUACCUAUGUAUUUUUGUAAUUUUUUGUACAAUACACAAAAAUGAAUAAAUCGUCACCGACCUAACCCCGAGUAUUGGGUGAAUUUAAUAUCGAGUGAUAGAACUUUCCAUAUUACAAUCAUGCUUAGGUACCUUUAAUAUGUAAUAUACUCGCGUAUACCAUGUAAAAUAUUUUUAAAAAUACCUAAAUUUACCAAAAACGUUGGAUAAUUUAGUAAAAAUAUGGUUUCUUUUGUAUUUUUCUCUUUUAUUUUGUGUACAAUACCUACGUUUUACUUUUCAUGUAUAGAAAGAAAAAAAAAUCUGAAAAACGUUAAAUAUCUAUUAAGUUAAGAAGAAUUUUUACAAAAUUGUACUAUACAAUAAGGCUUUGAAGAAAAUAAUGUUUUUGUGUUGAAAUUUUAUUACGAUUUCGAAUUUUGUUCGCGAUAAUUACGAAUAUUAAGGUGAUCAUUUAUCAUAGAAUUAUCGAAACAUGUAUUUUUUUUUUUUUUUUUUUUUUUGUUUAGUUAUUCGUUGUUAUACAGUUUACUAGGGUUAUGUGAAUUGGACAUUUUUUUCUGUUUAUAUUGAAAAAUAAAUUUUAUUUUACUAGUA